UACAUCUCGUUACAACACAGAAACAAACUUUGUAAGCUGCCUUCUGGUUUUCAUCACUUCACCUCCUUAGGGAUUUUUAGUUGCAAACACGAACUCCCUCCGGCAGCUGCUCUGUCAUGCGCUGAGAGGAGGGAGGGGAUCUGUGCAUCCUCUGUACACUGCAUGUCGCACCGCUAGCCGUCCCGUUACUACAUCGGGAAGGCGGAAUAACACCGAAGCUUUCACGCUCUGCCAUUUUGAGUGAAACCGGCCGACUUAAAGGGAUUUAAACUUCGACAAAAAGGAACUCACAAUGACCUGACUUGUAAAUGUAAGUAGGCUACUGUUAAGAAGGCGGUGAGUGAUAAAGUUGUGGAAAAGGAAUUGCUGACUCGUCCCUGCUCACCAGACAGCCCUCGGCAUGUGUUCAAUGAAGAGCUCUAACUGGGUGACAUUUGAGGAUGACGGGUCACCUCCCCCGUUCCCCCAGAAGCCCUUGCAGUCGCCAGGGUCAAGAAAGGACUCGGUUCCCCGUCCGAACGGUCUGAAGCUGGUCCUCCCGCCCAUGGGAGACUCCUCUUGGAGCUUCCCCCCUCUGGAGUCUCCUGCUGGGUUCUGCAGCCUGGAGGGGGGUGCCUGCGUGCCCUGCAACACGCCGUUCAGCACACCACUCAGCACGCCGCUCAGUGGACCCGCCUCCACCCUGAGCGGCCCCUGGGAACAGAACGACUUCUUCCGUAGCUUCUCCAGCUCCUCCACGGCCACGGCCCCCUCCCCAGGCCCUGAUGCCUCCUCCCCCCCAGCCUUGCCAGAGCCUUCAGAGGGCCUCCGUCCCUUCCCCGUCUUCCAGGGUGAGCCUGGACACUUCAACCCGUUCUGGGAGGGCGCAGGGACCUGCGUUGACUCCGGAAGCUCUUCCUCAGAUUCCGAGUCUGGCUCAAGCCUUCCGCGCUUCUUCAUCAGGACCAAGGACGGCCAGGAACCCCAGAGAGACUUGCUGCAGAACUCCUACUCCUACAUCUGCCAUAAGCUGGAGGGCCUACGAGCAGAGGAGGACCACGGAGUGGUGCGAGGAGAGGUCUGCAGGUCCGGGUGCAGAGAGGAAGAGGAGGGCCGCAAGGGUCCGUCUCCCUUCAUCCCUCGGGGCCUGUUCCGCAGUCAGAGGCGGGACGGCUGGUCCCUGAUGCUGCGGAUACCAGAGAAGAAGAACCGCAUGUCAUCCCGACAGUGGGGCCCCAUCUACCUCAGGCUUCUCCCUGGUGGCGUCCUGCAGAUGUACUACGAGAAAGGCCUGGAGAAGCCCUUCAAGGAGUUCCAGCUGCUCCCCCACUGCCAGCUGUCAAAGUUGAAGCUGGAAAGUUAUGGGGAGCCCCGCAAGAUCCUCACAGUGAAGGUGGAGCAGGUGUCCUACUCCGAGAAGAAGCGCUACCACCCCAAGCUGGAGCUGAGCCAUGAGAGCGAGGCCGAGCAGCUGUUGAAGUUCGGCACCACAGACCACGCUGACAUGGAGGACCUCCUGGCUGCCAUGGAGGAGGAGCUGCUCCGGUUGCCGCCGCCGCUGCAGCGACGCCACCACGAGGAGCAGGAGCUCUCCCUGCACAUCACCGACCACGUCUGGCUGCAGCUGGACAAGGACGGGGUGCUGGUGGACCGAGCCGCCUACACUCACGUCCACUGCCUGGCCUUCCUGAACGGAGCGGGCGACUGCUUCCUGGCACUGAACGACCAUGGUCUGCUGCGCUGCGACGCCAGCUACGGCCCUGAGGAGGCAGAGGAUGCCUGGAUGGAGAUAUCCGAGUGGCACCUUCACCGGUGUGUCAGUGAGCAGGAGUUCCAGAGGACACGGCUGCUGAAGUUCUGUCCUCCGGACGGCUGCAGGGUGGAGCUGCUGCGGUACCGGACCCUGUCCCCGGCCGGAGCCGACAUGCCCUUCUCCAUCAAGGCGUCGGUCACCGUGCAGGGAGCCUAUGUGGAGCUGCAGGCCUUCCUCAACAUGGCAUCCUCCUGGCCGGCCGACGGGCCUCCGUUUUGCGAGGACGUCCAGGUGCGUGUGCCAGUGCCGCCAGAGUGGGUCAAGGUGUCACGAACGGUGGCGCUGCUGAGACAGAAGUCCCUGAAGGCCCGUAUGAACCGGAACGCCUGUCUGGGCUCAGUGAGCACCGCAGACUCUCAGCCGGUCAUUCAGGUGACGGUUGGCACGGUAAAGUACGAGAACGUCUACUCGGCCAUCGUCUGGAGGAUCGACAGGCUGCCUGUUAAGAACAUGGCGGUGGAGCACCCACACUCCCUUUCCUGCCGGCUGGAGCUGGGCUCGGACCAGGACGUGCCCAGAGAUUGGUACCCCUACGCCUCCAUAGAGUACCAGGCGGCCGGGGCCCUGGCAUCCCAGACCAGGGUGCGCUCGCUGGGCAUCGAGAGUGACAUCCAGCCCCACAAACACCUGAUCAGUAGGACUCACUGUCACUGUCAGCCUAAACUCUACCUCUCCGUCAUUGACGACGUGAUUGAGAGUAUGCGGGAGAUUAUGGGAGACGAGGGGCUGGAGGACCGCGUCCUGGCGGACUUAAGACAGCUUUGGGAGUCUAAAGUCAUGCAGUCUAAUGCGGUGGAGGGAUUUAAGGACACCCUCACCUCGUCUAACUUCCUGCUGCAGCUUCCAUCCGGCUAUGGCCAGGCUGCUUCCAAACCUGCAGCCUCCAUCGUCAUCCCUUCAGGUCAGUGUGUCGGGAGUUUCACCACCAAGAGCAACCCGGGCACCAUGGCAACCUUCUCCCUCCCUCCAGGGGUGAGGUACCCCGUCCAGAUACCUGCAGGUGUCACCCUCCAGACCGCCUCCGGUCAGCUGUACAAGGUGAACGUCCCGGUGAUGGUGACCCAGGCCCCCGGGGGGCCCCCUGCCCGGCCCCCCCAGAGUGUUGUGGUGAGGAAGGAAGUGCCUCGGCCCCCGUCCCAGGCCCCCCUCCCCCCUGCCCUCCGUCCCUCACUGCCCAGCAGAGCUGUGCCUCGGGGUCCUGAGGUGGAGCUCUGCUGGGCCGCAGGGCACAACACCCAGCCACCACACAGGGGGGCCCUCUCCCAGCCUCAGACCCAAGGGGCCCUCUCCCAGCCUCAGACCCAGACCCAGGGGGCCCUCUCCAAGCCUACACACAGGGGGGCCCUCUCCCAGCCUACACACAGGGGGGCCCUCUCCCAGCCUCAGACCCAGACCCAGGGGGCCCUCUCCCAGCCUCAGACCCAGGGGGCCCUCUCCCAGCCUACACACAGGGGGGCCCUCUCCCAGCCUCAGACCCAGACCCAGGGGGCCCUCUCCCAGCCUCAGACCCAGGGGGCCCUCUCCCAGCCUCAGACCCAGUGGGCCCUCUCCCAGCCCCAGGCCCCCCACCUGCCCCAGGCCCAGCCCCUGGUCCCCCUCUCCCCUCCCCAGUACCAGGCCCAGGCUCCAAAUGAGGAUUCCUCAGACAGCCCCUUCGAUGGAGAAUUCACCCUGGAGGGGAUAGAGUUCAGCCCCCAGCCUGUAGAUAUGUCUAUGUCCUCCUGCCUCUCUGGCCAGCUGGCUGAUUACCAGGGGUCAGAGUUCAGCAGCAUCAUGGAGGAGGUGGAGCAGAUGGUGAAGGAGGAGGAUGGUGCUGCCAGGGCAGGAGGGCUGAGUGAUGUGGAGGGGCUCCCUCACCACCCUGCCAAGUUGGAUGUGUUGAGAGACUACAACUACAGCGACCUGUCAGACCUGGUCCAGCUGGAUGGCUCUGCAGACCUGUCAGACCUGGAGGAGGGGGAGGGGGAGAGAGGGAAGCUUGAGGAGGAUAGAGGGGUGAAGCUGGAAGAAGAGGAGGAGGGUAGAGAGGUGAUGGGAGAGAAUGAGUACCUGGGAAUAAUCAAUGCAGAAGCCCUGAAAGCUCUACAUGAGGCGGAGGGGAGCAGUGAUGACGACACCUCCCACUGUGACAGCGAUGGACUGGAGCUGGAGGAGGAGGACCCUCUGAACUCUGGAGAUGAUGUCAGUGAGCAGGACAUCCCCGACCUGUUUGACACCGACAAUGUCAUCGUGUGCCAGUAUGACAAAAUCCACCGCAGUAAGAAUCGCUGGAAGUUCUACUUGAAGGAUGGGGUGAUGUGCUACAGAGGGAGGGACUACGUGUUCUCCAAGGCUGUGGGGGAGGCAGAAUGGUGAGGGGAAAGGGGUGUGCUGGGAGAGGAGCCCUUCUUAAAUGAGGCCUUAAGUCUGUAUUAAGUAAUGAAUGUUGCCAUGGUUACCAUGUUCAUCGAAUGUGGUAACCAAUGAGAAUGUGAAUGAUUGGAUAUAGAGUAUGAUCCAGUUAGCCAGCACUGUGAAGUAGCUUUUGUAAAUGGUAUUUAUGUUUUCAGUUGUACAUUUAUUAAUCGUAUUUUCAUUUGUUAUGAAAAUCCUGUAAUGGUGCCUCUAUCAGAGUAAUUUAAGAUUUAGUUUUGCGAUGUUGCAAACAUUUUGUUUUAAGGUGCCAGUUUUGUUUGUGUCCUGGUGAUGCAGUAUCCUCCAUGUGACUGCUCUGCCCGCAUUAAAUAUCAAGUAUCUCA